AUGCAUCAGAAUCUAGGUCAGAGGUCACAGUCUCCAGUGUCUAUGAGGAGUGACGUGUCCAAAGGAAAACCUCCAGACUUCAGUCAUGAACCUGCACCAACAAUGUUCUUCAGUCAUGGAGCUCAGCUGACCAUGAUCCAGUCUCUACCAGCUGUGGACACUGGUUCUGCAGACAGUGCAUCUGCUCAUACUGGGACCAGUCUGCUUCAUCGGGAGACUCCUCCUGUCCCCAGUGUAGAAAAAGAUCCAGAAGCAGAGCUGGACUGCAGACAGCCACUUUUGUUCAUCUUUGACGGCCUGGAUGAAAGCAGACUUUCAUUGGAUUUCACCAACAGGAAGCUGCUGUCUGAUGUCACACAGAAGUCAUCAGUCAGCCAGCUGCUGACAAACCUCAUCCAGGGGAAUCUGCUUCCCUCGGCUCUCGUCUGGAUAACUUCCCGACCUGCAGCAGCCAAUCAGAUCCCUCCUAAAUGUGUUGACAGGCUAACAGAAGUACGAGGCUUCACUGACGCCCAGAAGGAGGAGUACUUCAGGAGGAGAUUCAGUGAUGAAGAGCUGUCCAGCAGAAUCAUCUCCCACAUGAAGACAUCCAGGAGCCUCCACAUCAUGUGUAGAAUCCCAGUCUUCUGCUGGAUCACUGCUACAGUUCUGGAGCACAUGUUGACUACAGAGCAGAGAGGAGAGCUGCCCAAGACCCUGACUGACAUGUACUCACACUUCCUGCUGGUUCAGACAAAGAGGAAGAAGAACAAGUACCAUGAGGGACAUGAGACGAGUCCACAGGAGCUGACGGAGGCUGACAGGGAAGUUCUUCUGAAGCUGGGGAGGCUGGCGUUUGAACAUCUGGAGAAAGGAAACAUCAUGUUCUACCAAGAAGACCUGGAGCAGUGUGGUCUGGAUGUGACAGAGGCCUCGGUGUACUCAGGAGUUUGUACAGAGAUCUUCAAAAGAGAGUGUGUGAUCUUCCAGAAACCAGUCUACUGCUUUGUUCAUCUGAGCAUUCAGGAGUUUCUGGCUGCUGUCUACAUGUUCCACUGUUUCACCAACAGGAAGACUGAGGUGCUGAAGAAGUUCCUGGGGAUAGACUGGUAUGAAGACAGUGAUGAUGAUGAUGAUGAUGAUGAUGAUGAUGAUGCAGGCAACUCUUUUCUGGAUGAUUUCCUUGAGAGAGCCAUGGAGAAAUCCCUCCAGAGUAAAAAUGGCCACCUGGACCUGUUUGUUCGCUUCCUUCAUGGCCUCUGUCUGGAGUCCAACCAGAGACUCUUAGGAGGUCUGCUGGGUCAGACAGAGAUCAGUCCAGGAACCAUCCAGAGAGUCAUCAACAACCUGAAGGAGAUGAACAGUGAUGAAAUCUCUCCUGACAGAAGCAUCAACAUCUUCCACUGUCUGAUGGAGAUGAACGACCUCUCAGUACAUCAGGAGAUCCAAGAGUUCCUGAAGUCAGAGAACAGAUCAGAGAAGGAACUCUCUGAGAUCCAGUGCUCAGCUCUGGCCUUCAUGCUGCAGAUGUCAGAGGAGGUUCUGGAUGAGUUGGACCUGCAGGAGUACAACACAUCAGAGUGGGGACGACAGAGACUGAUUCCAGCUGUGAGGAACUGCAGAAAGGCUCGACUGACCAGGUAUCGACUCUCAGAGUCUCACUGUGAAGUUGUGGCCUCAGCUCUGAAGUCCAACCCCUCCCAUCUGACAGAGCUGGACAUGUGUAACAACAACCUGCAGGAUUCAGCAGUGAAGCUUCUGUGUGCUGGACUGGAGAGUCCAAACUGUCGACUGGAGACUCUGAGAUUGUGUGGAUGCAGUUUGUCAGAAACCAGCUGUGGUGAUCUGGUUGCGGCUCUGAAGACCAACCCCUCCCACCUGACACAUCUGGACCUGGGUGAAAACAACCUGGGUGGUUUGCAUAUGAAGCAGCUCAGUCUUUUCCUAGAGAGUCCAGACUGUAGAUUGAAAGUACUGAGACUGGCAAAUUGCAGUCUGUCAGAGAUCAGCGCUUUUGUCUCAGCACUGAGCUCCAACCCCUCCCAUCUGAGACAGCUGCACCUGAGUGGAAACAACCUGCAGGAUUCAGGAGUGAAGCCACUGUGGGAUUUUCUGAAGAGUCCAAAAUGUCGACUUCAAAUUCUGGGAUUUUGGGGCUGUGGUUUUACAGAGAUCAGCUGUGAUUAUCUGGCAGCAGCACUGAAGUCCAACCCCUCCCAUCUGAGAGACCUGCACUUGGACUCUAAUGACCUGAAAGAUUCAGGAGUGAAGCAUCUGUGUGGUUUUCUGGAGAGUCCACGAUGCCAACUAGAGCUCCUGUCGUAAGUCAUUAUUUAGUUGUGCUGAGAUGAAUAUGAUGUGCUUUAAAGACAGCAGUA